GAAAACCCAAAUGGCAGAAAAGGAGGGGAGAAUGGAGAAGAGAAAGGUGGGCCAGAUCUGACAGGGAGUGAGCAGCCUGCCCCAUGAGCCAGUCAAGUACCAAGCCAACUCAGUCACCUAAGCCCCCUCCCAGGCCCUGAAUCACAGGAGAGGAAGUUGAGGCAGCAGAGGCCUGAGCUGAAGACCAGCUGUGUCUUUACGGGACAAGAUUUUCUCGACAGCAAUGAGUGCCAGGGCCACGCGGCCCCGAAGCCGGCGAGGGAGGUCAGCUCCCCCUGGUGAACUCGAUCCUGUGGCUGAGAGUUCAGAGGAAGCCGAAGCAUCCUGCGGCAACACCAAGCCCAGCUCAGGCCCAGUGCGGGAAGAAACCAGGCUGGAGCUGCUGGAGCUGCUGGAGCCCAGGGCCGGGGCUGGCGACCCUGGGCUGGGGAACAGGACUGAUCAGGCCACAGACGGAGACCCGGGUGGGGUGCCAGCCUUCACCCCUGCGGGUCCCCAGGAGCCUCCAGCAGCAGCUCAGCAACCCCCAGAGGCGGCUCCCCCUGACCGGUCGGAGGCCCCUGAUGUGUUUCAGGCCCUCCAGCAAGCGCUGAGUUCCCUUGAGGCUGCGGCAGCCGCCUGGCGAUGCCAGCCCCCGGGAUGCCCCAUGCCCGUGCGAACAGGCGGGGCCGCCCGGGCUAGCCCACCGGAGGUGGCCCGGCUCUCGGAGAGGAACACUUGGCUGAGGCUGGCCUUGGACACCCGCGAGGCUGAGCUGCUCCGCGCACAGGCCUCCCUGCGGGCCCUGCAGGCCGAGAAGGACAAGCUUCAGCAAGAGGUUCAGGAGCUGCAGUCAUCCCUGAGGAGGCUAGAGUCCUCUCUGCCCGGGUCUCCCGGCUGCGCUGGCGGCCCAGGCAGUGAUUCCAGCAGCUCAGGGGCAGAUGCGGAGCCCUGGGGUGCUCAGGAAUCCUCCUUGGUUUCCCCCCUGCUCUGGCUGCAUGAUUCCAGCUCCCAGAUUCUUGGGCCUGUGUCCACGCACAUGCCAGGCCCUGCGCUGAAGCUUCUGGAAGGCUGCACAGAGCAGCUGUGCAGAAUGGAGAAGCUGAAGAGCUUCAAUCGGCUGCUGCUGGCGGUGCUGCAGGGGUUCAAGGGGCACUGCGAGGAUCUCAGCAUGCAGCUGGGGAGGCGGGCGGCAGAGGCCACAGCGCUGGGCCUGGCCCUGCAGUACAGUGAGCGCUGCGAGGAGGCCUACAGGGCCCUGCUGGCUCUGCGAGAGGCUGACCCUGCGGGGGGCGCCCAGAUCCCCGGAGCUGACCUGCAGCGGGCUGAGGAGGAGGCAUGCAGGCUGCUGGCACAAAUGGAGGCUGCCAGGGAUGGAGAGACCCCACAGCACAGCCCCGAAGGCAGCAGUGUGGAUAAGCCCACACCACAGGAAGUCGCCACUCAGCUCCAAGGCCUUAUCCAGUGGAUCCAGAAGCACCGUGCCCUCUUGAAGAUCCCCCCAGAGCCCAGCCCCUCUGCAGCAGCAAAGCCCACCAUGCCCCAUGGGGAAGCCAUGGUACAAGCCCUUCUGGAAACCCAGCCUGGCCCAGCUCUGCCCCCGCUGGAGAAGACCCAGAUCCAACAGGGCCUGAUGGCCACACGGGAGACCCUGGCUGACCUGAUGCUGCAGCUGCAGUUGGUGCGCAGGGAGAAGCGGUGCCUGGAGCUGCGGGAGGCCGCGCUGCGGGCCCAGGGCCCGGUCCACGUGCUGCUGCUGGAGCAGCUGCAGUGGGAGCGCGCGCAACUCGCACUCACGCCCUGCGGAGCCGACGCCAGCGGUGGAGGCAGCAGUGGGGAUAGCAGCAGCGAGGAGGAAGAGGGGUGGCUGCAGGGCCCUUCUGCUCUCCUGGGAGUCAGCAGUGGCACUGAUGAAGGCCAGGUGAGCAGAAUAGGGGACCCAGAGAAGUUGUCCCAGGAACUGGCAGCAUCACUUACUAGGUCCCUGGGCCUUCGACAGCAGUUGCAGUCCCUCCGGGAUCGCUUGGAGCAGAUGGCCCAGAGGGGCCAAGCCAGCCGGGCUCAGAGUGCAUUGCUGCACAGAGAGCUAUGCCAAACUCACAGUGCCCUGGUCCUGGCCUUCCGAGAGGCCCACCAGAAGCAGGAAGAGCAACGCCGGAAGCUGGAGCAGCAGCUGGCACUGAUGGGGGAGCGUCAGGCGGAGGAGCUGGCCCGGCUGGAAGCCACUGCCAGGGCCCUGGCAAAGCCCAGGCCUCCCUGCCCUCUGCCCCUGCUGGGGGAGACCCUUCUGUAGAUCUCACCCCAGGCCAGGCUGGCUCUGGCCAUAAACAGCCCUCAAGUGAC